UACAGAUCCUGGACGAUACGCUUGGUUCACGACGCAAGUCUGUUCAGCGAGGAUGCAUCUUUCGAGGGUACUAACGGGCCAAUAUCCUUUGACACGUCGCAUUCUUAUGUUGGUAUUGUUGAAGAGGACGAGAGCGCUGUGGUGCAAGGCAUCAUUACAAAAGACGGUCUUUUCGACGGCAGCGUCGUGACUAGAUUCGAGGAAUACUACAUAGAGCCAACGAGCAGAUAUCUGAAUGAAAAUGAAGACACGUCGCCGCCCUAUCACAGCAUAGCUUAUCGAACUUCCGAUGUUACCAUCCCAUCACAUCCAUUAUCGUGUGCCAGUCAUCAGCUGUACCAAGGGACUCUUCGUGAUUCCUUCAAUAGAUACAGGCACAACAAUUCUGAGGCAUUCUAUGAGCCCUUAUUUGGCGAACAUGAUGGUUUCUACUUCAAGGAGAACAACGCAAGAGUGUUAACAUUAGAAAUGAGUGACAAUGUUGCAUAUACAAACAUAAUGAACGGCAAAGAUCGGAUAACGAGACAUUUGCACAAACGCGCGACAGUAGAUCCUCGGAAAACUACAUGCAUGUUGUACUUACAAGCAGACCAUCAAUUUUUUUCACGAUAUGGUACGGAAGAAGCCUGUAUCGAGGUGAUGACGAGGCAUGUGCAGAGAGUCAACUCUAUCUAUAAACAUACGGAUUUUAAUCAAGAUGGACGACCGGAUAACAUCGGUUUUAUGAUAAAACGCGUGAAGGUGCACAGCGAAGAAGCAUUAAGAGACCCCAAUUAUCGUUUUCCGGGCAAUUAUGGCGUGGAAAAAUAUUUAGAACUUUUCUCCGAGGAGGACUAUGACACAUUUUGCCUAGCUUAUAUGUUUACAUAUCGAGACUUCGAAAUGGGAACUUUAGGAUUAGCUUGGACGGGUGAUUUAAAAAACGCUGGCGGCGUGUGUGAAAAAAACGGGCAUUACCGUGGUAGCAUGAAGUCCCUGAACACUGGUAUAGUUACCCUAUUGAAUUACGGAAAGCACGUACCGCCUGCGGUCUCUCACGUUACUUUAGCUCACGAGAUUGGCCAUAACUUCGGCUCGCCACACGAUCCCGAACAAUGUACGCCGGGUGGCGAGGAUGGUAAUUUUAUAAUGUUCGCUCGUGCUACUAGCGGUGACAAGCGCAACAAUAACCGCUUCAGUCCAUGUAGUCUAAACGCCAUAAAUCCUGUGCUGAAUAGCAAGGCGCGCUCACCGAAAGGGUGCUUUACUGAUCCAAAAGUGUCACUGUGUGGUAACGGUGUUGUGGAGGAGGGGGAGGAAUGCGACUGCGGCUGGGAAGAAGAUUGCAAGGACACGUGCUGCUUCCCUCAACGUCGUUAUCAGUUGGCUGGGGAGACCCCCUGCAAGCUCACUCCAGGCUCUGUGUGCAGUCCUAGUCAAGGUCCAUGCUGCACUGCCGCAUGUAAUCUUCGUUUCGGAGAUAAAUGCAGAGAUGAUAACGGUUGCCGCGAUGCGAGUUUCUGCGAUGGCCGUUCUCCGUAUUGUCCGCCAUCUAUUAAUAAGCCCAACAAGACCAUAUGUAACCGCGAAUUGGUUUGUUUCAUGGGGGAGUGCACUGGUAGCAUUUGCCUGGCAUAUGGAUUGGAAUCCUGCCAAUGCAUACCUAGUUCGAAUGACCCGCCAACGAAAGCUUGUGAGCUCUGUUGCCGACAACCUGGCGAAAAUCAACCGUGUCUAUCGUCUUUCGAUUGGAACUCCCCGCCGUAUGAUAUCCCCGAUAUGUUUUCAAAACCGGGAACUCCCUGUAACGAUUAUAAUGGUUACUGUGAUGUCUUUCAAAAAUGUCGCGAGGUUGAUCCAAGUGGACCAUUAGCAACUUUGAGAAAACUUUUAUUAUCCGAUGAGAGUCUUGCUACUUUCAGGCGGUGGAUAGCUGAACAUUGGUACGCUGCCGCUCUGAUAGUUUUAGCAGCAAUAUCAUUAUUGGUUAUCAGCAUGAGAUUACUAGGCAAACGACCGGAUUUGAAAUUAAAAUCUGUCACGAUAAUCCACAGUUCCACGACGGAAACUGUGCGACUUCCGCCAGAAGGUACAGAAGGAGUAACUGUACAUCCGCCAGCAGUGCGUGCCAAGCUUCCUCUUAACAAAAAGGUCCGAGAAAAGAGACGCAAUCGCAAAUAUAAAAAUGAUAAUCAUGCCGAUAAGGCCAAUAAGGACAUUAUAGCAAAGAAGAAACAACAAAAUCAGACAAAAAGAUCGUCCACUAGUGUAGCGGCAGAUGAUUUUGUGCGCAAAAGACCAGCUGAAACGGCUCCAACGGCCGCGCAAGAAAAUAAACGAAAGAAAAUUACGUCUGCGAUAAGAGACCAAACACAAGGCAAUAACAUUAUCAAUGGCGACAAUGAUAAACGGAAACGUAAGAAAUAUCACAGAAAAGAAGUGAUCGAUUACUCAGCAAUUCAGACGGAGAAGGAUCCUGAGCCCAACACUGAUCCCAAGAGUAAAGUGCGCUCCUGGUUACUGGCGUCCUCACAAUGCAGACCAUCAGAAACGAUGAGGACUAACGCAAUCGGCUUACCGAAGAGCAAGUCAACCCCAGUGGGUUUGACAGCUGGUGGUGCAGUCGGCGUCAGGACGUCUGUGUCGAAGCAAGCUUCAUCCACACGCCGCCCUGGUGCAGAAGUUAGAGAGUCGAAGAACUUGUCGUCCGGUUCAAGUAUUACCAGAAAGGAACGUGCAAGACUUCAAGUAGUAUACAAACCACCAUUUCGUUUUAGCGUGAAAUUACGUAAGUCCGAUAAAGUAGCGCAAGCUCCGCAGGCGAUUGUUUCAUCGGGCGCUGCAACGACGAAUCACACCAACAUCGGUAGGACGGCAGCAAAACUACCAAGAACCGGCGUUCUCCUAAGAACGGGGGUCAAGAGAAAGGACAGAGUCAGAAUAGGUAGAGCUCGACAAAUCGUCCCUACCGGCAUAGGGAAUAGCGGCAGUGAUCUGCCAGAGCCAGCAAACUCCGACUUACAUACCGUACCUUCCGAUUUAGAGGUACUAUUAUCUGAAAGCGAAUUCCUCUUUUUGGACACGUGA